UGACCUUCGGUGCUUAUCCAAAGGGCAUAAUGGCGUAUUUCGCAUUUUGAAAAACAAUUAUUCUGAAUUAUUGACUGGAGUCGCCUUUAACAUUUCAAAUUUUGGGAUUGAUGGCGAGCUACUAAAGUAUACUAACUAAUUUAAGGGAUAUACGUGGACUGUUCUCGUUUUUCACUUCUGAAUUUAGAUUUUAAAAAGUACCACAAAAUGGCGCAUGGUGUCUGUUAUAGGCGGAUCACAUGCGCCAGUCCGAGAUAAUGUGGUAUUGCAAAAAUAAUAGACAAUCACGGUGGAUUAAAAAAAACGAAGUUCGUGUGGCUCUAUUUUUACUCUUUGUUUCAGUUUAUACACAAUGUGAAGAUUGCUGGUGAUUAAACUUUGAUAUGUAACGUGACGGUACACAUGGCUACAGCGUCACUGUGACCUAUUACCUUUACCCUACAACCUCACGACAACAAAAUGGCUACCGUCAUCCAACGCCUCGCGAGGGAUUUUUGCAGUCUGUCGCCUUCUAUUUUUCCUCAACUACGACAGAUUCAGAGGCUCCCGCGUAGACUGGGCACCUCUCCAUACUUACUUCCCAGUCACUUUUUCUGCAAAGCGGCAUCAACCCAGAAUGAGGACUCUACCCAAGCUGCUGAGGCUGUAUCCCGCUACAAUGAUAGACCCUGGGAUUAUCUGGAGAGUGAAGAGUACUUUGAGAGGUAUGGAGCCAGUCCAGUGUGGGAAGGCUACCGGAGGAACCACAAAGGAGGCAUUCCCCCACAGAAGACACGCAAGACCUGCAUUAGAGGAGAUAAGAUAUGUGGCAAUCCCUGUCCAAUUUGUCGGGAUCCAAACACUGUCAUUCACCAUCAGAAUGUGAAAUUAUUGCAGCAGUUCAUUAGUCCCCAUACUGGAAUCGUGUAUGAUUCCACUCAAACUGGUUUGUGUAUGAAACAGCAGAAGAAGCUCAAUGAGGCCAUCAGCACAGCACAAGAUCUUGGCUUACUACACUUUCAGAUUCCACAUGUGAAAUUUACAGGAGAAGACUUCUACAGUUCUCAUGAUGCUGUGGCUCCCACACCACCUCCCCCCAUAACCUCUGGCGACACCUGGUAUAAAUGGUACAGUGAAAUAAUGCCUGAUGAGAAAGAAGUGGCUAAAGUCAAGAAUGCAUACAAGGCUUAUUUAAAGUGAUGGAGACCACUUUAAUUAUCACUUAAGUUCCCUUUGAUGUGCGAAGUCUAAUGAACCAUGUGCAUUUCCACCCUGUUUCAUGUCCCACAUGUGAGUAUAAAUAAUAAACCACAGAAUCAAAACUGAA